AUGAUAUGGCAACAAGAUGGAGCACCGCCACAUAAUGUCGGAGCCGUUCAAGAACACUUAAAUAACCAAUUUAAUGUGUGUAUCGGCAAUAAGGGUACCAUUACAUGGCCACCAAAUAGUCCCGACUUAACACCAUGUGAUAGUUUUUAUGGUGACCAGAGACCACAUUAUAUUUUAUUAAUGGAAUAUCUUAAUAGCUAUGGUAGAAGGGACGUAGUAGAAUUUCUUUUAUCGGCUGGAGCUUCAAUUCAAGCUCGAGACGAUGGAGGAUUGCAUCCAUUACACAACGCUUGCUCGUUCGGCCAUGCUGAUGUCGUCAGGUUGUUACUAGAAGCUGGAGCUAAUCCUAACACCAGAGACAAUUGGAAUUACACUCCACUACACGAAGCUGCAAUCAAGGGGAAAGUGGAUGUUUGUUUAGCUCUUCUUCAACACGGCGCUGAUGUUAAUAUCCGCAAUACGGAAGGAAAAACUCCGCUCGAAGUAGCAGACGUUUCGACGCGACCUGUACUUACAGGCGAGUACCGCAAAGACGAGCUUCUAGAAGCUGCCCGUUCCGGAGCUGAAGAUCGACUUUUGGUGUUGCUUAAUCCGUUAAACGUCAAUUGUCAUGCUAGCGAUGGAAGAAGAUCAACUCCUCUUCACCUUGCGGCUGGGUACAAUAGAAAUAGAGUUGUACAGUUAUUGCUUCAAAACGGAGCUGAUGUCCAUGCUAAGGAUAAAGGAGGAUUGGUUCCAUUACACAAUGCUUGCUCAUAUGGUCAUUUCGAAGUAACUGAAAUGUUAAUUAAGCAUGGUGCCAAUGUAAACGCAAAUGAUCUUUGGGCUUUCACACCUCUACAUGAAGCUGCUUCCAAAUCGAGAUUAGAAGUGUGUUCUUUAUUGCUGGCUGAAGGCGCAGAUCCUCAUCAAUUAAACUGCCAUUCCAAGUCUGCCAUAGAUGUAGCUCCAACUAGGGAACUGCAGGAAAGACUUGCAUAUGAAUAUAAAGGCCAUCUUCUACUUGAUGCAGCACGACAAGCUGACACGACAAAAAUUAAGAAAUAUCUUACUCCGGAUAUAAUUGGUUUUAAACAUCCCUAUUCGGGAGAUACCGCUUUACAUACAGCCGUCACCUCCCUUUAUCCUAAAAGAAAGCAAGUUUUAGAAACACUAAUAAGGUAA